AUGUCGAUUGGACUUCUUACCUCGACCAUCCAGGUCCUCAAAAGAGUCACAGAUCAGGCACAACCUUACGUCAUAUCCUUUGGCGAGGGGUUGACUACUUUGAUGGACGCAGGAAGCGACACAAAUUACAAGCAUCUCGCGACGAAAAAAUCAAGAUGGCAACUGAUGCGACUUAGUGCAGCUGUUUGUGGUAUAGAAUUGUGCUACGCCGCUGAAACAGCUUUCGUCAGCCCUAUCUUACUCAAACUAGGAGUCCCUAUAUCUCUGAUGACACUUGUGUGGUGUGUCAGUCCUCUGAUGGGAUUCAUUCUUGUUCCGCUCCUUGGAUCCAUGAGUGACCGUUGUCGACUACAGUAUGGACGGCGGAGACCCUUCAUUCUGUUACUAUCAGCUGGAAUAAUCAUCGGGUUGAUAUUAGUUCCGAACGGAGAGACUUUGGGUGAAUACAUCGGAGACUAUGGUACACAUCAUACAAACAAAACGUCGCUGAAUUCCAGUUUAAAUGACGCUGAUAACGAUACAAAUCUAGACAAAAUGGAAACAGAGCAACUCGGAAAUUUUACAAGUUCGGAAUGGCACAUUCCCAAAAUUCCAGAUAACCACGUGUCCGGAAUCAUUUUAACAAUAUUUGGUGUAGCAUUACUAGAUUUCAGUAGUGAUGCCGCCCAGUCUCCUUGUAGGGCCUACUUACUGGAUAUUAGUAUUGCGGAAGACCACUCUGCAGGGCUUACAUCCUUCACGGUUUUGGCAGGUCUUGGAGGUUCCGUGGGAUACAUAAUGGGCGGAAUAGAUUGGAAUAAAACAAAUUUCGGGAAAUCAUUUGGAGGUCACACGAGAGUAGUAUUCACUGUGGUGCUUAUUGCGUAUGUAUUCUGUGUAUUAGUCACUGUUACUAGUUUUAAGGAGGUGCCUCUUGACGAGUUACGAGGAGGUAGGGCGGAACAAAUGCAAAGAAAAAAGAAAAAGAAAGGAAAAUCAAAAUACAAGAAAUUUGUGAAUGAGGAAACAUCUUCCUCUGAAUCGGAAGACGAGCUUCGAGGAAAUAGUAAGAAUCUCAAACAAACAAUGUCUGCAAGCUAUGGUACUUUGGAUGAAACUAAAGCCGGAAGUAGUUCGAUAAAAGGUGUAAUUGAUCACUCAAGUUCCGGAAUAAGAUCUUCUAACAGUCGAGAAAACGGCGAGGCCGCUAAAACAGAAAACAAAUCUGGAAAAGGAAAAAUGCCAUUCGACGAUAGCAAGCCAGGAAGUAGUUUCGGGAAAAGCCGAAAUAAUACGAAUGAAGACGAAGCGAGGGAAAUAUUGAAACAAUCAAUCGAUAAAAAGUCUUCUCGGAAAUAUUCAUUGGAUGAAGGAUUAAUGGUUCAAAAUGGUGGAGCCCGAAAAUCUUCUGAUGAUACUGGUCUUGAAAAAGACAAAGCAAAUGUUAGUGCAAUCACCGAAUCGACAGUUGACAAUAUUGUAACAUACUCGACGGAAGUGACGUUAAAAACUUACCUGUUGUCUAUCAUCCACAUGCCUCGAUCUAUUGCCAUCUUGUGUCUGACUAACUUGUUCUGUUGGAUGUCCUUGGUUUGCUAUUCUUUGUACUUCACAGACUUUGUCGGUCAGGCGAUAUUCGAGGGCGACCCCUUGGCUCCAGUAGGAAGCGUGAAGCAUGAACUUUAUGAAGCGGGGGUCCGAUUAGGAUCGUUCGGGAUGUCUCUGUACUCUCUGUCCUGUGCCAUGUAUUCGUUGUGCAUAGAAAAGUUCGUCGACAGAUUUAGGGCCAAAAAGGUAUACAUUGGUGGACAGCUUGUGUACACAUUCGGAAUGAUAAUAAUGGCUAUCACUAGACACCGAAUUGCAGCUGUCCUGCUUUCCCCGUCAGCAGGGAUAAUGUAUGCCACAUUGUUUACAAUGCCAUAUUUAUUACUGGCGAACUAUCACACCAAUGGUCAGUUCUCUACGAAUCCUGUAGACAAGACGGUCCGGGGCCUCGGAACGGACGUUGCGGUGGUAAGUAGUAUGGUGUUCUUGGCACAAUUCAUCCUUUCUGCAUUCGUCGGUACAAUCAUCGACGCUGUCGGCAGUAGUGUCGCUAUCGUGGUGGCGGCGGCCAUCUUUAGCUUCUUGGGUGCAUGCUGUGCAACACAGGUGAUGUACCUUGACCUGUAG